UUCAACGACAAACUGAGAAAUACAUGGGCCAUGCAAUCAGGCCAAUACAUGAUAUAGAAAAAGACAGUAUUAAUAUUGUGCUAAUCAAUAGUCAUUCUGCAUUUGACUCUGGGAUCCCAUUGCCGCCAAACGCUCUGGAGAUUGCAGGACUGAAUGCUCAGAUCGUGCAACCGAUUGCCGGCGAGGUAGUCGUAACGUAUCCCGAGAAUAUACGUACAUUUCUUGACGAAGCAAAAAGUGGAGUUAUCGUAAUAUCAUUAGGAACAAAUGUGAGAUGGAAAUUUAUCGGACUAGAUAAGAUUGAGACCGUUAUAUUGGCUCUGUCAAAAUUGGAGCAACGAGUGCUGUGGAAACUAGAUAUUAAAGUGCCAUUUGAAAUACCGAAUAAUCUAAUGAUUGUGAAAUGGAUGCCGCAAAACGAAAUUCUGU